CUUGAAUAUGAACGGUGUGCAGUUUGAGUUACGAAGAGCCACUAAUCGCAUGCAGCUGCAAGCAGACUUUUCUCCAGAAAAUAUCCAACAGCAGCAGCAGCAGCCGCUGGAAGCCUUUCGGGGGGCCAGCUUUGGAGCGCACUUGAGUGAUCGAGCGAGCUUCUACCUCUCGCGGCCAGUCCGGUGCCCCGCCUCUGCGCGCUCCUCUGCCCUACACGGUGGAGUGCGCGAGCUCCAGCGAAGCCCUGCGUGUGUGUCAGAGGGGCGCGUUUGAAGAGUACUGCAGGAGCAGCGGCAGCGUUGUGUGUGUUGGGCUCCGCGAAGCCUGCCAUCCCACCCGUUCGGGCUCUGUGACGGGGCACCGCUUGGGUGGCCGAACGGCUCGCCAGUUUUGGACACAUUUCUAUGCGGAUGUUUACUCCACACAUGGGCGACUCGGUGUUUUUUGACAGGCUGCUCUCGUGCGCGUAUGCCCCUGGGACUACUCUGUAUCUUAACUUCUUCAGAAUUCUGCAGAACAAUUCAUGUUUACACUUCAGGAAGGAUCUGAAAACCACCUAAAGGGUGAUUUUACCUGGAACAGCAUGUCUGGACGAAAUGUGAGAUUGAAGCCAGUUCCCAUCCAGAGCCUCUCUGAACUAGAAAGAAUAAGGCUGCAGGAUGUUGCUUUUAAUCGUCUCCAGCAGGACUAUGAUUUAGGCUGCCAGAUAACAAUCCCUAAAGAUGGUCAAAAACGUAAGAAGUCAUUGAGAAGGAAGUUGGACUCUUUAGCAAAAGAGAAGAACAAAGACAAAGAGUUUGUGCCUCAAGCCUUUGGCAUGCCUUUGUCUCAGGUGAUAACCAAUGAUAGAACUCACAAACAGAGGCAGGACUCCCAGAAGGAUGAUCAGAAAGAGUCACCCGACCUGGUCACAUCACUUUUGCAGUUUGGAAUGAAAAGACAAAACAAGGAGCUUUCGAGCAGUAAUUCAUCUCUAAGCUCUACAUCUGAAACUCCAAAUGAAUCUACAUCUCCCAAUACACCUGAGGCAGCGCCAAGAGUACGCAGAAGGGGUGGUAUGUCUGUCGACUCCAUAACAGAUCUAGAUGACAACCAGUCAAGAUUAUUAGAAGCACUUCAGUUGUCUCUGCCAACAGAGGCUCAGAACAAAAAGGAGAAGCAGAGAGACAAGAAACUAAGCCUUAACCCAAUUUACCGUCAAGUCCCUAGACUAGUUGACAGUUGUAGUCAGCACAUAGAAAAAUACGGGCUUCAGACAGUAGGGAUAUUCAGAGUUGGAAGUUCGAAGAAGAGAGUACGACAACUUAGGGAGGAGUUUGACCGUGGCGUAGAUGUUGUGCUAGACGAGGAACACAGUGUUCAUGAUGUUGCAGCUUUGCUGAAAGAAUUCCUCAGAGACAUUCCAGACCCACUACUUACCCGAGAGCUCUACACUGCCUUCAUUAACACAUUGCUGCUGGAGUCUGAAGAUCAGACAAGUGCCUUACAGCUUCUCAUUUACCUUCUGCCUCCCUGUAACUGUGACACACUGCACCGACUUCUUGCAUUUCUUUCUACUGUGGCUGGCCAUGCUGAAGACACCAUGGAUAAGGAAGGCCAAGAGGUAACAGGAAACAAAAUGACCUCUCUUAACUUGGCCACAAUAUUUGGACCUAAUCUUCUGCAUAAGCAAAAAAGCACAGAUAAAGAAUUCUCAGUACAGAGCACAGCCCGGGCUGAAGAGAGUGCUGCAAUCAUCACUGUUGUCCAGAGGAUGAUAGAGACUUAUGAAACACUUUUCAUGGUCCCCCCCGAUCUUCAGAAUGAAGUAUUGAUGAGUUUACUGGAGACUGAUCCAGACGUAGUGGACUAUCUGUUGCGCAGAAAAGCUUCACAGUCAACAAGCCCAGAUCCUAUGAGGCGUGAUGGAUCUUUUUCUCUUGGAGAGAGGCAUUCUUCAACAGACUCAAACAAAGCAUCAAGUGGAGAAGUUUCACCAUAUGACAACAACUCCCCGGUUCUGGCUGAAAGAUUGCUAUUCCAGAGGCAGGAUGAUAUUGCCCCUGAGUCAGAAAAACUCUUCCGUGUCCCUGAGCAGUAUGCUUUGGUUGGGCAUUUAAAAUCAAGACCAAGGGAACAGUUGGUUGGACAGUUAUCUGGAAAAGAUAUUAAGGAUGAACACAAUUAUAUCUGGGGAGCAUGGCAUUCCACACUGAAAUCAGGUUUGAGAGAGCAAAGCCCAACAGGCUCUUAUGGUAACAUGCAUGAAUAUACUUCAGUCCCAGAGGAUACCUCUCUUUCUCUUGGAAGCUUGACCUCAGAGUGGCUUGAAAGUCAAGGUUUAUUGACGCUGCCUUUGGGAAAUGGAAAAUCGCCAGUCCGUCGAACACAAACCACUACCGGCUUUCCAGACUGUAAACCUCACUCGCCGGUUACCAGAGCCUCCAGCAGCCCACAAGAAGAAAGCCUUCGCCAUAUUCAGUUAAGCUUAGACUCAUUAUGCUCAAGGCCUGAAGAUCAGUCUGCCUCUAGCAGUGCCGAAGACCUUUCUCACAGGAGCUUGAACUCUGCCUGCUUGAAAUGCAGUACAAAAUCAUCAUUUUCUUGUCAAGGGCAUAUUGGAGGCAAUGAAACUCGUCCUCCUCCACCUUACCCAGGUACAUCACACCAAAGGUCAAGUGGAAAUCAGGCACUCACAUCUGUUUCAAAUAUUUUAAAAAAAACCUCCAUACCUGAAAAGAGCCCCACUGUGCUUUCUGAGCCGAACGCUGUGUCUGCAGAUCAGAAGGGACAUAAGUUGGAUCCUCAGCUACCCAUUUCAAGAAAUCAAAUGAACAAAAUGUACUUAAACCAGGCAGAGAAUCCGAGGAGUCGGAAUAUUGGAGAACAAGACUGGCAAGAGUGGCAGAGGGAAAGGUGGCAAAUUUGGGAACUGCUGUCUGCCGACAAUGCCGAUUCACUGCCGGAAACACUAGUAUGAGAUGUUUAACCACCAUCUGACUAGAGGUUUUAUUAAUUUAGUUAUAACAAAAAAUACUAUAUUUUAAAAUAAAUUUACAGAAAAUGUUUAUAUAAUAAUACCUUUUUUAUCUUUUUGUUGUAUGAAAAGGCAAUCUUAGCCAAUUUUCCACUUAAUGGAAAAAUACCACUAUCUUCUAAAUGUUGUAUGUGUGAAAAAAGUGACACUGCAGCCGUUCCUUUAUAUUUAUGGUAAAUAAAAUGUAAUUUUGAGAUAUCUUAUUCUCAAAUAUGUCACAUUUAAUAUCUCAGAUAUUUUUUCAACACACUUUUAUGAUAAUUAUAUUUUGUUAUAUUAUAUAAUAACUAUAUAUAUAGUUAUUUCUUAUGUAUUAUUUUAGAGGCAUAUAUUAUGAUUUAAUUAAAACAAAUCAUACAUUAACUGUCAACCCAAAGACAUUUCAAACCAAAGAAAGUGUAAACAGUAUUUGAAAAAUUCUUCCUGUUCUACCUCGAGGAGAAUAAAAAUAGUUAUAAAAGUCGAUGUAUAAAAAAAAUUUACAUUUUUUUAUUAUUUAUUUGUUUGUGUAUUUUUUAUUACUAUAAAACUUUAUAAGGGUGCCAAAGUUACCUGAGAAAAAGAGCAAACCCAAAACAUAAUUUUAUGUAUUUCUUGAUGAUUAAAAUUUAUUUUACGUCAGGGCAUUAGUUCUUUAAAGCAAGCAGAUGUAGACAGUUUCCCAUCUAGCUGAUCUCAAAAUAAAUCUGAAUAUUUUAACAAUGAUUUCAGGCUGUCAGUGUGUUCUGGCCUGCCAGCCGUUUUUGUUGGCAGUACUGAAAGAGCCAGUUUAAAGAAACAAGAAGGGUUUUUUUUUUUGUUUUUUUUUUCUGUUCCGAGUUAUAUAUUAAAUGCCUUUAAUAAAAAAGAGAGUCUUAAAAUUGCAGUUUGUCUUUCCCCGAGCAAAUGAGAAAAAUCUAAUUAUUUGCCUAUUACCAUUAGUGACUUUGUUUCCUGAAAAUGAUCUUACUAUAUAACUAACCAGAGAGCGAAGAAAGCUGUUAAAGAACAAAUGAGUUUUACAAGUGUUUCCCAAAGCCUUUUGUUAUCUGAAAUCAAUUCCAACAUGUAAAAGCACACAAAGUAAAGACCAAAUUAAUUUAACCUAUUAGUCUGAAAUCUAUAAAUGGGCUCAAAAUGUAAAGUGGCCUCUUUGGAGGAAAAAAAAAAAAAGCAAAUGCGAGCAGCGAUAGGAAACAUGGAGGAGGUGACAAAAAAUGAAGACGUGUUGUUUCAUGGAAACCCCCUGCGCACUUGUGCAGGCACUAGAAUCGCAUCUUCCACGUGCCCAGAGUGCAUUCUGCUACACUGCGUCUGCUUUGGUGUGUGGCAGUGUCCCCAUCCUCAGUCAGUUUGUAGAUUCAACACAGAAGUUAGCAGGUGUUGGCAAAAAAAGAUGUCUUCCAGUAACCUGCCACCAGUAAACACAUCAACCCUGACACACUACCAAGUUGGAUAAGAAAUAAACAUGUUGUGUACUCCCAAGUCACCUAGCCACAGAGUAAAAUGCCACUGAUGGUUGCACAUCACCUAGACAUUUAGAGACAGGUUUAGAUGGGAUUCAAGAGGCUAGGGAUUAGCAUUCGAUCCACUGUAUCGACAAAAGUGUGGAUGAAUGCAGUGGCAUGAAAAUCAGUUUUAGUGUCAUAGAAAGCUUCCUUUUCAUGCUGGAAAUUAUAUGUAAUUGUAUGCAUAGCGCAGUAGUAAUCUGGUCACUGCACACACAGAUUUGGACACCGCAGCUUUGCAUCGCCAUCGGUGUGCAGGAAUGUGGUAGAAGUGAUGUAGAAGGCUGCCAGAACCUGCACAGUGGGACUGAUGGCAGUGUGUUCCUCUUUAUAAUGUGUACAGCACCAGACCAAGGUUUGGAGCAUGCACUGAUAACAGCACAUUGUCUCACCCACUACACAAUGACCCACCUCAGAAUCCCAAAUUAGGACCCGAGCGCAGCCAUUCAACAGGUGACACAUACGCAGGACAGAGCAAUUAUAAGGAGGGUCAUUAUUUCACUUCUGGACAGCCUGUAUUUCUCUGUUAAGUGUUGAUUACCGAGAUGGUCCAAGGGGUUCAUGUCCUUCAAUAAAACAGCGUUUAGUACAGUGACUUGGCUUCUUGGAUGGUGUUGUCUUAGCCGGCAUCUUGGGUUGAUGAUUUUCAGAAUUCUCUGGAUAGCUGUCAUUGUCAUUGCUGGUACUAAGGUGUGAAUCACCUUCGUACUUUAAAGGAUGUGACUGGUUACUUAGCAAGUUCGAUAGGUUAACUCAUUAUGUAUUCAAAUUGUCCAGAGAUAUUAAAGCUACAAAGAGCCUGUUUUACACUAAUUUAUAGCCUACAUUAUAAUUAAAUAUUUAUGUUACAACGUUAACCUAUUAUUAUUAGUAUUGUUAAUACUCUACCCAAAUGAGAGCAUCAGUGUGUUGUUACUUGUGAUCUAAUUCUGUCUGUGACAGAAUCACAGGUAAAAGUCACAAGUGAGUUGGUUCAUUUGUUAAUUUGCAAACAAAUUUACAUCCUACUUCAGUUAUGAAGGGUUUUGGGAAACACAAUCUCAAGUAUGAGAUAACAAAGUCUAUUGUUAUGAAUCUUUUGGGAGACUCACCUUGUACCAGUGUUAGUCUAACAUUCAUUUAGAGAAGAAAGAAAAGAUCUAUAAACUCUGAGGUUAACAACCAAACUUGUCAUCAGCAAGGUGAGGCUGCUUAUGAGUUUAAGGGAGUCUUCCCAAGUCAAGAAUGCUCUGAGCACUAGGCAUUAGAGGUUUGCGUUAUCUUAAGGUCCCAGUCGAUUUAAUAAGGAAAUGAAAAUUUCACAUGAAAUGCAGAUAUAUUUUAUCACAUUGGCUGUGCCAUGAUUUUCAACUGCAUGUAUUUAUGGAAGAAAAAUGUGAUGAUUUUGAUAAUGGCUCUUUAUACUUUUAUUACACGUCUACAUUUCAAUAUGCUUGAAAUUUUCAGAACUUCAAAUAUUUCAAUUUUCAAUGAUACAAUUUGAAUGAAUAUAUCAAAAAGAGUAUGCACUGCCAUUAUUUUGUCUCAAGAUUUUUUUUUUUUUAAAUUUCAGAUAUCUCUGAAUGACCUGGAGUUUGCCAUAUGUAUGAUGGAAAAUUGAGUUGCAUUUGAUAUUUGGUGUAUGCAUAUGCUGCAUAAAUGUGUAGAAAAUAUUCAAGCUAUUGUGUAGCAUUGACUGUAUUUAAAUGUAUGCGUUUUUGUUUAUUUUUUUAAAAUGUGUAUUCCUUAUGAAAUAUUUGUUUCUUGAUACAUUACAUAUUCAAUGUUUGAAGAUAAAUGAACAAUUUUGUCUGCUUUGAAAAUCUUGCACUUUCAUCGUCGCCUUAAAAACAAAUCCGAAUCUGUGCACAAGCUGGUUUCUGUGCUUUCUUAACAGUUGUAUUAAUGUAAAGGUCCGGUAUUCCCAAAUACUCUAAUAUGUUGAAUGAACACACCUACGGAGAAAUUCAUUGACAAGGUAAUUUUGUAAUAUGCAUUGUAUGACUUGAUGAGACUCUAAGUGGUUGUUUAAAGUGAUUGGAUUCGGAUUUUACCAAAGUAGAAACAAACAGAAUAGGAAUACCCAAUAAAGGGGUUAAAGUUGUCAUCUGCAAUUUGUAGUGGGUCAUUUUUCGAACGGUACGAUCUCAUUUUGUAAAAUUUUGAACGCUGAGGAAAGUAGACCAUUUUUAUAUCACCUGAAAAGGUCUUAUAUUAUGGUUACAGUUGAGAUUUAUAUAGCGUUGAACAGAUAUAUAUAUAUAUAUAAACAUGUAUAUAAAAGUAUAUUUCCUUUUUUUUGGGGAAAAAUAUGUAACUGGAAUUAAAAGAUCCAACAAUAUUCUGAGAGAAUUUAAGCUGCAUUUUGACAACUCCCCUUUUUAAUGCAAAUCCCCCAAAAUUCUAAGUGUAUAAAAUGUUUAUUUCUACCAUGGUAUUGUGUAAUGUCUGUUUUGUUUUGGGUUUUUUUUCAGGCCUUGGUACAUUAUACAAUAUUACAGAUGUUAUUUUUAUGAUUAAUUUACAGUUUAACAGACUGUCAAAUUGACACUUGUUUGUGAAUUAAUGUUAUUGCUAACAAGAAAAAAAUGGUCUUGUGGUAAAAAUGUGUGUGUUUUAUAAAAGUCAUCAAGCAUCAUGUAUUAUGAUGCCCAUUCAAUUUUGUUACUUAUACCAUGGUGGAAUAAAAGAAACGAUAUGAAA